AUGUCUUCCGCUCGCCCGGCGCGCGCGCUCCUCCACACCUUACACCCCCAGGCAUCAUUACCCCUUCCCCUCUGCCUCGCCAUCCAGCGCCUCGCCAUCCAUCGCCUCGCCAUCCAGCGCCUCGCCAUCCAGCGCCUCGCCAUCCAGAGCCUCAGCAUCCAGCGCCUCGCCAUCCAGAGCCUCGCCAUCGAAGCCUCGCUAUCCAGCGCCUCGCCAUCCAGCGCCUCGCCAUCCAGAGCCACGCCAUCCAGAGCCUCACCAUCCAGAGCCUCGCCAUCCAGAGCCUCGCCAUCCAGAGCCUCGCCAUCCAGCGCCUCGCCAUCCAGAGCCUCGCCAUCCAGAGCCUCGCCAUCCAGAGCCUCGCCAUCCAGCGCCUCGCCAUCCAGCGCCACGCCAUCCAGCGCCUCGCCAUCCAGCGCCUCGCCAUCCAGCGCCUCGCCAUCCAGUGCCUAG